AACGUCUCUCCUUUAACCGUUACCAUGGACCGUCACGCACCCUAUUACUCUCUCCAUCCGAUCUACAUUUGAACAAAUGCAUGUGUAUAUAUAUAGCAGACCAACAUAUAACGAUUUUAGAAGAAAAUCGGCAUAAUUCUGUAAAAUCCUCGAUAUUGUGAAGAAGUGAUCAGGAGAAUAUGGCUGCUCAAGGUACAAGUGGAGCAAAUGGUGCUACUACCAGACCGCCUCCGAAUCCGUCGCCUUUACGUACUGCGAAGUUUUUUCAGGCGAAUAUGAGGAUACUGGUUACUGGAGGAGCUGGUUUCAUUGGCUCUCACCUAGUAGACAGAUUGAUGGAAAACGAAAAGAACGAGGUGGUGGUUGUAGAUAAUUUUUUCACAGGAUCAAAAGACAAUCUGAGACAAUGGAUUGGUCACCCAAGAUUUGAACUUAUUCGUCAUGAUGUCACAGAGCCAUUGUUGGUUGAGGUGGAUCAAAUCUACCAUCUUGCUUGUCCUGCUUCCCCAAUUUUCUACAAAUAUAACCCUGUCAAGACAAUCAAGACAAAUGUGAUCGGAACAUUGAACAUGUUGGGACUUGCCAAGCGAGUUGGAGCAAGAAUCCUGUUGACUUCAACUUCAGAGGUUUAUGGAGACCCUCUUGUGCAUCCUCAAGACGAGAGCUACUGGGGAAAUGUCAACCCUAUUGGAGUUAGGAGUUGUUACGAUGAAGGAAAACGAGUAGCUGAGACAUUGAUGUUUGAUUAUCACAGGCAGCACGGAAUAGAAAUUCGGAUUGCUAGGAUCUUCAAUACAUAUGGACCUAGAAUGAACAUUGAUGAUGGUCGUGUUGUCAGCAAUUUCAUAGCUCAAGCUAUUCGGAAUGAACCUUUAACUGUUCAAUCUCCUGGAACUCAGACUCGAAGCUUUUGUUAUGUCUCUGACAUGGUUGAUGGCCUUAUUCGGCUUAUGGAAGGAAACAAUACGGGCCCAAUCAACCUUGGAAAUCCAGGUGAAUUCACCAUGCUUGAACUUGCAGAGAAUGUGAAAGAGCUGAUAAACCCGGAAGUGAAAAUCAUACAUGUGGAAAACACACCUGAUGAUCCUCGUCAAAGAAAGCCGGUGAUAACCAAGGCAAAGGAGGUGCUUGAUUGGGAGCCGACAAUCAAAUUGCGCGAUGGGCUUCCGCGUAUGGAAGAGGACUUCCGCAAGAGGCUUGGAAUACCGAGGAAUGCAUGAGUGUGCUCAUACAAACAACGCCCUCCAUCCUUGUUCCUAAUUUUGGUUGUUGGUUUCUUUUGUGGGAAAUUAUUAAUGAAUGUUAUGUUCAGUUAUGGUGUGUUAUCAUCAGAUCAGAUGAGGUUAUAUGUUGAGAACGAUAUUGUUAUGACGGUUUGCUUUAGCAUAUUGGGAGUCAUUAUCUUUUACUAUAUGUAACACCAUCGCUUCCCUAAGUGUUUGUUCAACACAUAUAUAAAGUUUAAUUUCUUUAA